GGGUUUAAAAACAACUCACUUCUCCAAUCUCCAUCAAAAGAAAAAGAAAAAUAAAAUAACACCUCACCUCGUUUCAUACUACUUCAUCUAAAAGCAAUCCCAAAUUCCCAAUCUCAAACCCUAUUCCCAAAUUCUCUCCACAACCAUGGGAUCUUCCGCGAUGGUACUCGACCCAAAACCAAUCUCCGAACCACCACCAUCCUUUCCAUCUUCAAAAUCCGAAUACCACUACGGCGGCGAAUCAUCUUCCGACGAAGAUGAUCUCUACAGCCGCCUUAAAUCUCUUCAACGACAACUCGAAUUCAUCGAUAUUCAAGAAGAAUACGUAAAAGACGAACAAAAGAAUCUCAAACGAGAGCUUCUUCGUGCUCAAGAAGAAGUUAAACGGAUCCAAUCGGUUCCACUUGUUAUUGGUCAAUUUAUGGAGAUGGUUGAUCAGAAUAAUGGAAUUGUUGGAUCUACUACUGGAUCUAAUUACUAUGUUAGGAUUCUUAGUACGAUUAAUAGGGAGCUUCUUAAGCCUUCUGCUUCGGUUGCGCUUCACCGGCAUUCUAAUGCGCUUGUUGAUGUUCUUCCGCCGGAAGCUGAUUCUAGUAUCUCACUUCUUAGUCAGUCUGAGAAGCCUGAUGUUACUUAUAAUGAUAUUGGAGGGUGUGAUAUCCAAAAGCAGGAAAUCCGUGAGGCUGUGGAGCUACCCCUUACACAUCACGAGCUCUACAAACAAAUUGGUAUUGAUCCCCCUCGUGGUGUUCUACUAUAUGGACCCCCUGGAACUGGUAAAACAAUGCUUGCCAAAGCUGUUGCUAAUCAUACCACUGCUGCCUUCAUCAGGGUUGUCGGAUCUGAAUUUGUGCAGAAGUAUCUUGGUGAGGGUCCCCGAAUGGUUCGUGAUGUAUUUCGUCUAGCAAAAGAGAAUGCACCUGCAAUUAUAUUUAUUGAUGAGGUUGAUGCAAUAGCUACUGCUAGAUUUGACGCCCAAACCGGAGCUGAUAGAGAAGUACAACGUAUCCUCAUGGAACUUUUGAAUCAGAUGGAUGGUUUCGACCAGACAGUGAAUGUUAAAGUCAUAAUGGCAACCAAUCGAGCAGACACUUUGGAUCCUGCCCUCUUGCGUCCUGGAAGGCUUGACCGGAAAAUUGAGUUCCCUUUGCCUGAUAGACGCCAAAAGAGGCUUGUAUUUCAGGUUUGCACUGCCAAAAUGAAUUUGAGUGAUGAGGUGGACCUAGAGGAUUAUGUUUCCCGUCCUGACAAAAUUAGUGCUGCCGAGAUUUCUGCUAUUUGUCAAGAAGCGGGAAUGCAUGCUGUUCGUAAGAAUAGAUAUGUCAUACUGCCAAAGGACUUUGAGAAGGGUUACAGGACCAACGUGAAGAAGCCUGAUACUGACUUUGAAUUUUACAAGUGAUGAUGGGGUUUUAUCUGAUUUGUUUGUAUACGUACGUAUGGUGCAGAAUAUAGUUAAAGAUUACAUUUUCUAGAGUAAUUGUGGGUCAUCAAUGUUUAACAGAAAAAUGGUGAAAUGUUUCUGAUUCGUGCAUACUUUUCAUCUUAUUAUGUAAUGCAGAUUAAUUUAACUUAACGAUUAGAUUUAUUGUGACAGCUUAAUAUUUUGAGUA